GAUUCCAGGUGAAUGAUCCAGACGCAGAACUCUGGGUGGUUGUGUAUAUGAUUCCUGCAGUGCUGACCUUGCUUGUUGGACUUAACCCUCUUGUCACAGGUAACGUCAUUUGGAAGCGCGUCUCCGCAGUACACGUGUUCUUUUGCGUGGUGUGGGCUGCCAGCUUGGCAUACCACCUCAUGCUUCAGGCACAGUGGAACGUCUUACAGGAGGAAGAAGGCAGGGAGCUGUUUGGUCUGGUGAUCAUUGCAACAUGGAUGAGUCUAUGCCACAGUUCAUCAAAGAAUCCAGUUGGUGGGAGAAUUCAGUUGGUUGUUGCCACUGUAAUUGCUCUUUUCCCAUUUACUGCAUGGCUCUACAUAUAUAUCAACAAGGAGAUGCGUUCCUCCUGGCCAACUCACUGCAAGACAGUCAUUUAAAUGAAACGAA